AUGCCGCUCAUACCCUCCAAACCGUUUCCCCCACCGUCCAGCUACUUUCCGUCCACUGCAAUACUCCACCUGGCUCCAUGUUCCCUGGUCCGGCACCGUGUACUUGCGCCGCCGGAAAUCGUAGCGCUGGCCGCCACGGCCCCGGGCCCAUGGGAUCGGCGUGUCGUCUAUGUCGGCGUCUCUGUGCCAUCGGGACCAUUCGGCUGUAGAUGGGUUGUGCUUCUUUCCGGUGUUGAGAUUUUGAUUCUGAGGCUGGGGCUGGGUUUGGGUCUUCUUUUUGGUGUUGCUGUGGUGGAUCUUCCCGACAUAGAUGUCUGGUCCCCGGUUGCUGAACACAUCUGA